UGAUCCGAAUAUGCGUACUUAACACAACAAUGUCGGAAAAGUGACUUCUGGAAAUCCCAGGAUCUGGUUCAGAUAGAUUGAGAACAAUGUUGUUACGCGCAAUUAUUUCAGCCCUUGCGGCGUCUUGCGUUAGUGCUAGCAACAAUGCAGCUCGUUUCGAUCGCGAAGAUCAGCUUCCUUUGACAGCCGGCAUAAACCAUACUUCCUCCGUGGAUUUGAAUCAGCCUAACAUUGUGUUCAUUCUAACAGACGACCAAGACCUACACAUGCAAUCGCUGAAGUACAUGCCAUUUGUCAAAGAACAUCUACUUGAUCGUGGCACAUUUUUCAGGAGGCAUUUCUGCACGACAGCAAUUUGUUGCCCAUCACGGGUGUCUCUUUGGACAGGCAGGGCAGCUCAUAAUACGAAUGUAACAGAUGUCAACCCACCUUAUGGCGGAUACCCCAAGUUUUUGAGUCAAGGGUUUAAUAAUAACUAUCUGCCUGUCUGGCUGCAGGAGGCUGGCUACAGCACAUAUUACACCGGCAAGCUAUUUAAUGCGCAUACUGUUUGGAAUUAUGACUCGCCUUAUGUUGCUGGCUGGAACGGCUCGGACUUUCUGCUAGACCCGUUCACGUACUCGUACUUGAAUAGCACAUUUCAGCGCAACCAGGAGGCACCAGUCAGCUACGAGGGUCAACACUCCGUAGAUGUGCUUACUGAGAAAGCCUUGGGAUUUCUCGACGAAGGUGCACAAUCUAGUCAACCUUUCUUUCUGGGCCUUGCACCUGUCGCACCACAUAGCAAUGUGGAUCCAAGUAUCUUACAUACCAUGUCUGAGGUAGGGCCUUACGCAGCCGGAGGCUUGUUCUCGGCGCCCAUCCCAGCAGAACGCCACAAGGAUCUGUUCCAAGAUGUCAAGAUUCCAAGGACGAAGAAUUUCAAUCCUGAAGAAUCGUCAGGUGCCAAUUGGAUGUUGCGACUCCCCAAGCGGAGUCCAGAAGUGGUUGAUUAUGAUGAUUACUUCUACCGCAAUCGCCUCCGAGCCCUCCAAGGCGUCGAUGAGCUCGUCGACCGGGUCAUCGCGCGAUUGGAAGAACUGGGCGUUCUGGAUAACACCUAUAUCGUCUAUACGAGCGACAACGGAUUUCAUAUCGGACAACAUCGGCUCUCACCCGGUAAAGAAUGCGGAAUUGAAGAAGAUAUCAACGUGCCUCUGAUCAUUAGAGGACCCCGGGUGCCCGAGAAGCACGUUACAGAUAUUGUCACAACCCAUACCGACUUGGCGCCGACAAUUCUCGGCUUAGUUGGCGGAGAAGUUCCUAAGGCUGCGAAGCUCGACGGUGCCGCCAUUCCUCUCACAAAAGACGGUAUACAAGAAGCUAUCGCAACCCGUCAUGAACACGUCAAUGUGGAGUUCUGGGGCAUCGCUCUCGGAGAAGGCAAGACAUUCCCUGGAUAUGAAAAUCAUUGGGGCAACAACACAUACAAGGCGUUGCGUAUUGUCAGCGACUCAUGGAAUCUCUAUUACUCAGUUUGGUGCACGAACGAGCAUGAGCUUUAUGAUUUGAAGACCGAUCCUGGACAACUCCAUAAUCUACUAGCUCCCAAGAACAGAGUGGCUACUCUCGACGGGUUGCCGAUCGGGAAAGUCGUAGCACGCCUAGAUUCUCUCUUGCUCGUCUUGAAGUCGUGCAAGGAAGAGGCUUGUAUCCGCCCGUGGUAUACACUGCAUCCUGCUGGGAAUGUGAAUAGCCUAGACGAUGCACUCUCGCCGCGGUUCGAUGAGUUCUAUAUGCAGCAGCAAGUGAAGAUUCACUUUGACCGUUGUGAACUUGGAUAUAUCUUAGGUGCUGAGGGACCGCAGUUCGACACAGAUGGGCUAGUGUACCGCCAUGGCCUGCCAUGGUCCGCUUGGACGUAAAAGAGAUCAACAUGCUCAUGGAUUGUUCUACUUUGCAUUUGAGGGUAGGGUUGGGACCUCAGCUGAGGUGGCAGUGCCGGGGUGGCUGAAUCCUUCGAUAUCCUAACGCGCGGUUUAUUGAUAUAUGGUGGUGAUUGUUUUCCGUAGUGCCACCUUCAUCAGGCAGGUUCAACGACUAAACUGCAAGGACAGCAUGCUGUUUCAGCCGUUGUUUCGAUGUCAGGCGGUUUUGAGAAUGCAUGAAGUGGAAGUAUUCACGAAAAGUAUAAUUACCUAUGGACCUGGUUCGUUGCGAUGAUUAAACACGGGGAAUACCAGUCAUGUUAUUAGUUGCGGUAGCACCAAGUAUUAAUUACUCCUG